AUGGAGCCAGAAGUAUUGAGCGGCGAGAAGACAAUGGCCUCACAGCCACAACACCAUGAAAUUAGAUCUGCCAACCACGAUCAGGGCCACGAGGGUGUCCAGAAGGUGGAUUCGACGGGAUUCGUUACGGAUCUCGACCAUCUCCCCAAGAACUACUACUACAGCAAGUUCUUCAUCGGCACCUACGCUGCUGCUGCUGUGGCUCUGCUUGCGGGCGUCAGCGCAUUCGCCUACGCGGCUCCGUUGCUUGGUGAGAUCAACGCCGACAUUGGACCCGAUCCGAACUAUAUCUGGAUAUCGUACGUCUACAACACUGCCACGGCCGUCACGUUCCCCAUUGUCGGGAGGCUAUCGGACAUUUUUGGACGACGGUACUAUUUCAUUGGAGGCGCGGUGCUGGCUACCAUGGGCAGCAUCGUCUGUGCGAGGGCGCAGAGCAUACCCACGCUGAUCGGCGGCAACGUGUUCCUCGGGGUGGCCACGUCGACUCAGCUAUCGUAUCACUUUGUCAUGGGCGAGCUGGUGCCGAUGAGGUACCGCUACUUCGCCACUGGAAGUCUCUACCUGAUCACCUACACGGGCUCUGGCUUUGGUCCCAUCAUCGCCCUCAAGUUGACCGAGGUCAACCCUUCCGUGGGCUGGCGCUCCGUCUACUAUCUCCUGCUCGGGUACAACGUGCUGGCCCUGAUCCUGUGGACGCUGUUCUACUAUCCGCCCAGCUUCAAGAUCAAGCACGGCACGGACAAGAAGAUGCACUGGAUCAAGAACUUCGACUACGUCGGCUCGUUCCUCCUCACCUCGGGGUUUGUGGUCUUCCUCUUCGGCAUCUCCGUGGGCGGCACUCAAUUUGCGUGGAAGUCGGCGCCCACGAUCCUGAUGAUCAUCCUGGGAUUUCUGACCAUGUGUGCAUUCCUUGCUUGGGAGCGCUUCGCCAACCUCAAGGAGCCUCUGGCGCCCCUGCACAUCUUCACCGUGCCGUGGCUUUCGGUCGCGGUGACCCUGGGCUUGGCCGCGUCGUGCUACUACCCAGCCGCCAUCAUUUGGCCGCAGCAGACUGCCGUCCUCUACGCCAACGGCGACCGCACCAAGGCGGCCUUGCUGGCUUGCCUGCCUGGACUAGGUAGCAUCAGCGGCGAGGUGAUUGGCGGUCCAAUCGUGGGGAGGCUGCCUAAGCACAAAGUACAAACCAUUGUUGCAUUCUUCAUCGGUGCUCUCCUGACAGCAUGCUGUGCCGUCAUCACCGUGAACAACAUGGCAGUGAUUGCGUCAUUUGUCUUCCUCUCCAACUUCUUCAUGGGUUGGGUCGAGAUCAUCAGCCUGCUCAACUCCACCAUCGUGAUCGACGACCAGCAAGAGAUCGGCGCCGCUGGGGGUCUAGCCGCCGCCAUCCGUACGGGAAUAUCGGCCAUUGCCACGGUCGUGUACGGCACCGUCUUGACUAACGGGUUGACGACCAAAGUCCCCGCGACCGUCUCGGCGGCUGUGCUCAACGACGGUCUCCCCGCGUCGAGCGUAGCUUCGUUCCUACAGGCCCUCCAGGCCGGCACACCGGACGCAUUCUCACAAGUCCCAGGUGUGACUGAUGCCAUCAUCGCGACCGGUGUGCAAGCGUACAAGGUCGCCAGCGUCAAUUCCUACCGCCCAGUCUACCUGGUCAGUAUUGCCUUUGGAGUCAUUGGGUUGUUUUGCUCCUUCUUCACCCCGAAUGUCGACAAGACGCUAAACGACAAAAUCGCCGCCGUUCUUCAUAGCGAAGGUGGGGAGAAGGUCACAAGUGCUUCCGGCGAGAUCAUGUCUGAGGAGAAGACGCCAGCUUAUGAAGUAUAA